UUUGUAAAUCGUCUUAUUUAGCAAAAAGAAAAUAUUUAUAGUUUGCUGAAUAAUAGUGUGUAGUGUUACAAAGUGAAAGACAAUUUAAAUUGUGGUGAAAUUAAAACAAUAGCUAUGUGCUCAACACUGAUAUUGUUUCUAUUAAACAGUAUUGAGUUCCAUAUACGUACUGAACAAACAUCAAAAAUGUGUAAUAAAAGAACUAUGUUUUUAAUGUUGUGUCAGUGACAUAACACCUAGUGAUAAAUAAGCAAUAAUAAAUGGCAACUUCAUUAAAAAGAAAUCGCUCGAGGCGGAGAAUUGCCGCUGUUACGUUUUUAUCUAACAUUUCUCUUGAUGGUAGCUACAGGGACACUAGGUUAUCCUUACUUCCUCGUAAUGGAGCUAUUACGAAGACCCCUUUUCUAUGUACUGAAGAAAUCCUUGCCGAAGAGUCAGACGGACUUGAUGAUUGUUUCAGUGACGCAGAACAAAAUUUUUCGAAAGAGAAACCAAUUUUAAAUCCAAAAAAACGUGUACAAAAAUAUAAAACCAUUAACCACAGUGAUGUGAAUUCUUUAAGUUCAGACUCUGAGGGUGUCAUUACACCUAUUAAGGCUUCUAUUGAAGAAUAUGCUGCCAAAAAUAAAGCGAUUAGAGAACGAUCUUCAGCAUCUGGAAGUGAAGCUGAAAAGAAUAUUACUUCUAAACUCAGGAAAAAGCUGCCAUAUCAAACUUCAGUUUGUAGUGAAACAGACAGACAUACAUAUGGGAGCAGUUCUGAAAGUUUAGAACCUAUCGCUAAAGGAAUUAAGCCAAGCACUUCACCGGCGGUUAUACCAGAGAAUGUCAAAAAACAAAUUACAAUUUUUAAACCAACUAAAGAUCAUAAAUUCAAUAAUGAGCGAAUUGUAUUGGUUACUACAAGACAUUUACCGUUUAUGGUGUGUUCAGUUAUUCCUUAUAAAAAGAAUAGCAGAUCUGAUUCUAAACGAGAUGCUCAUAGAAAACGGACUACUUCAGGGACAAGACCGUUAUCUUCUAGUGCAGAUGGGUUAGAUCCUUUUGACUCCCUUGGUAUAGAAAGAGGUCAAGACGGUCAGGAGGACUCUUAUGGAUAUUUACUUAUUCCAUCGAAGGCAAUUAAAGAAGUUGGGAAGAGAAACACAAUAGAUGACCCCACAGAUCAUUCACAUGACGGACCAAAGAGAAAUCGUCAUGUUGUUGCCAGGACAAAAGUGUUAACUUGGCAACCAGAAUACAAAUGGUGUUUCUCUUACGAUCAAGCUGUCCAGAGGGCUACGGCCCACGUCGUAGCUGCCCCUUCGCCACCAGAAACAAAAGAGGAAAAUAUAAAUGGCUACAUCUAUCACCCAGAUCUAUUAGACGAUCCAGAACUCAUAGCUGGAAAACAUCGAACAUUAUUAACAUUCACGUCUUACAUGACAUCGGUAAUUGACUAUGUUAAACCAUCAGACUUGAAGAAAGAAAUAAACGAUAAAUUUAGGGCCAAAUUUCCACAUAUACAAUUGACCUUAAGCAAAUUGAGAAGUAUAAAACGAGAAAUGAAGAAGAUAGCCAAGCACGAAUGUAAUAUUGACCUACUCACUGUAGCUCAGGCCUAUGUAUAUUUUGAAAAGCUCAUAUUAAGGGGACUGAUUAAUAAACAGAAUCGCAAACUUUGUGCUGGAGCAAGCUUAAUACUUUCUGCAAAACUCAACGACGUCAAGGGGGAUACCUUAAAACUGCUUAUUGAGAAAACUGAAGCCACUUUUAGAUUGAACCGUAAGGAACUUAUGGCAUCUGAAUUUGCCGUUUUGGUAGCGUUGGAGUUUGGACUACACAUACCCACAUGGGAAGUAUAUCCUCAUUAUCAGCGUUUAUUGUACGAUUCUUGACCACGGUUUUCUUAUGUUUGCCUCACAUUUUCCAAGUACUUUCCUUUUAAUAAUCUUGCCAUUUAAAGUACAAAUUUAAUGGUAAAUAGGUAAUGGUUGUUUUAGAUGCACAUUUCAUAAAUUGCACGUUGUUUUUCAUAUUAUUUUUUAUUUUUUUGUUACUUUCUUGGAUGUAUAUUUAAAUCUAGUAAUAAUAUGUUCUAUUCUAGAUAACUUAGAUUGUAAUUAGCCACCUUAUUAACGAAAAAAAUUACAUUCAGAAAACCGCGAAAGUUUGGAUGUUAGAGAAUUUUCAGUUUAAAUUGUAAUGUUUUUGUAUACAUUGUAAAGUUUAUCAAUUUAAAUAAAAUAAUUAUCUACAAGUUAUU